AUGGCCUCCCCUUUCCUCCUCCUCGUCGUGGCGGCGCUCCUCUGGGCUCUGGCCGCCUGCCUUCGCGGCGCCCGUGGAGCACCUCGUCACCGGCCUCCCGGGCUUCCAUGGUGCCUCCCAUCCAAGCACUACUCCGGGUACGUGACCGUGGACGAGAGUAGCGAGCGGAGCCUCUUCUACUACCUGGUGCUGUCCGAGCGCGACCCGGCCACCGACCCCGUCGUGAUCUGGCUCAACGGGGGUCCGGGAUGCUCCAGCUUCGACGGCUUCGUCUACGGGAACGGUCCCUUUAAUUUCGAGCCUGGGAGCUCGCCUGGAAGCCUGCCCAAGCUGCAGCUCAACCCCUACAGCUGGUCAAAGGUCUCCAACAUCAUGUAUCUCGAUUCUCCUGCCAGUGUUGGGAUGUCCUACUCGUUGAACAAAUCGGAUUAUAUAACAGGUGACCUGAAAACCGCAGCUGAUGCGCACAAAUUCCUGUUGAUGUGGUUCGAAUUAUACCCCGAGUUUCAGUUUAACCCGUUCUACAUCUCAGGGGAGUCAUAUGCAGGGGUUUAUAUCCCCACAAUCACUGACGAAGUUGUUAAAGGCAUUGAGAGAGGUGUGAAGCCAAGAAUCAAUUUCAAGAAUCUUCCAAAAUCUGUUCAGGGCUAUCUAAUUGGCAAUCCAGCAACUGAUGUAGACUACGAUUUCAAUUCCUUUGUGCCAUUUGCGCGUGGGAUGGGCCUCAUCUCAACUGACAUGUAUGAGGAUGUCAAAGCUUCUUGCCGUGGCACAUUCUUUGGCGCUGUAGAUAAUCUGUGCCAAGAGAAGAUUGACAUAGUGCGCUGGGAACUGAAAGACCUGAACAAGUACAACAUCCUUGCACCCUGUUACCAUCAUCCUGAAAUCCAAGAGAUAGAGUUCAGCAACAGCAGCUUACCGCAGAGUUUUAGAAGGCUAGGAGAGACAGAUAGGCCAUUUCCAGUCAGGAAGCGAAUGGCUGGGCGUUCUUGGCCCCUCCGCCUUGCUCUCAAGGAUGGUCACGUUCCGAUGUGGCCAGGCCUUGGUGGUAGAUCACUUCCCUGCACUAGUGAUGAAUUUGCUACUACAUGGCUGGAUGAUGAAGAUGUUAGAGCUGCGAUUCAUGCCAAACCAAAAAGAUUAAUUGGAUCAUGGGAACUGUAUACUGCAAGAAUAGACUUCAUUCAUGAUACUGGGAUAAUGUUGACCUAUCACAAGAAGCUUACAGCGGAGACCAUGACCUGUGUAUUUCCUUACCCUGGUACUGAAGCAUGGGUGAAAUCAAUAGGCUACCAAGAUCUUGAUAGAUGGCGGCCAUGGUACUUUGGAGACCAAGUUGCAGGGUAUGCCGAACUCUGUCCUUUCUUUGCACUGCCUCCAUUAUGA